GUUUUAAUCUACUAUUUUAAAAUCCACAAAUCAUAAUUUUUGGGUUGUGUGUGUCCUUUAGGUGGAGGAAUACUUGUCACCUACUCCUUUUAAGUUCUCCAAUUCUUCUUUUACUAUUAUUAUUAUUAUUAAAACCUUUGAUCUUUACUUGCUCUCUAUAUCUCUGAGCUUUCAUCAAUGGAGAUACACAAAUGCAAGCUCUGCACUAAGAUUUUUGUUAAUGGUAAAGCUUUGGGUGGUCACAUGAAGUCCCACUUAGCCACGUUACCUCUCCCUACAAAAAAAACGACGACGACGACGACGAUUCCCCAUCAUCAUCACCAACUCGGUACUGAGUCAGCUUCUUCUUCGUAUUCUUUAUCUGCUAGUGAAGAAGAGGAAGAUGAAGAAGAAGUUGAAGAGAAAGGUUUGGCUUAUGGGUUACGAGAGAAUCCCAAGAAAAGUUUCAAGUUCGCAGAUCCUGAGUUUUCUUCUGUCGUCGUUGUUCAAGAUAGAGAGAGCGAGACCGAGUCAAGAAACCCAACUCGUCGACGAUCUAAACGAACUCGAAAAUCGGGGUUUCUUGAUAACCAUCACAAACUGAUUAACUUCGAUGUCAAGAAACUUAAGUUCAACAACACAACUUCAGUUCUUUCGUCUCCGUUAUCGCCAUCUCCGCCGCCAGCGGUGGAGCCAGAGCCGGUAAGUUCCGUGUCAGACACUUCGGCUGAGUUAGAAGACGUUGCCAUGUGUCUUAUGAUGCUUUCACGAGACGCUUGGCUGAUCAGAAACAAAAAUAAGGAAGAACGAGAUCAAGCGGACGAGACGAAAAAACAGGAAAUUAUCGUGAAAGUCAGCAAGAUUCGCGGCAAGUUCAGAUGUGAAAAAUGUAGGAAAUUAUUCCGAUCAUCGCAAGCAUUAGUUUCGCACAAGAAAAUUUGCUCUUUAAAUGGAACAGAGUUGAGAAAUAUUAACAGCCAUAGUAAUGAAAGAAUUUUUGAAUGUCCUUAUUGCUUCAAAGUAUUCGGGUCGGGUCAGGCACUGGGCGGGCAUAAAAGAUCACAUCUCAUGGGCUCAUCGGGAAAUGCUUCUUCUGCCACUACACCGCCUGCCACCGCCGGAAGCGGGGUUUCUAAACUGAUAGAUCUUAACUUGCCGGCGCCGAUGGAUGACGACGACUACAGUGUGGUGUCCGAUGCAUAAUUCAAAGUGAGAUGGAUCUAAUUUUAGUUGAAAUUACUUCAAUUUCUGCAAAUUUGAUCAAUUUUGUUUUGUUUUAGUUUUGGUUAAAGAUUUUGGCAACUUAAUUAAUUAAUUUCAUUGAAUGACUAACAAAAAAUUACUACUAAAUUGUUUAUUGGACUUACCAACUGAUCAUUAAAUGCAGAAGUGGAAUUGAUUGGUGAAGAGAGUAUUUUGUUAUUUGGUGUUAGUUUGGUGUGUGUGAUGUUUUCAUUAGUUCACGUGUUUUAGAACAGUAAAAUUAAGUGUAGCUGUUGCUUAUUCUAACAACUGCAAGUGAAUAGCAAGCAAAAGUUUUUUUGCACUGUAAACUUGUUCUGCUUUAGGACCAUUUUUUUUCCUAUUUGGUUGCAAUUUCACUUCAUUUGAUUUGA